UUUGUUAGUUUUUUUUAACUCUCUGUGGGUUUUAGCUGUGUCUGUUUUCUCCGUCCGUUUUCUUCGUCCCGUAAAAUAUUCUUGAAACUGUUUAACUUUGAGAGCAACGUACCUCUCAGUAUUCCCACACCUGGCUAACUGAUGGAGCUAAUUAUGAAACGGAGGGAGGAGGAGCAAACUAGGGAAAAUAUGAAGUCAGACUGCCAGACUCCAUUUUACAAUCCACAUAGCAGUUGGGGGGGGGGGGAUACAGACUGGCAAGAGAAAAGAAGAGGACUCAUGGUUCUGUGGGGGAGCUGCUGUCCUACUGUGCUCCGUGUCAGGAUGUCCUGAAGGAUCUAGUCUCUACCAGCCGUGGACACUGGUUCUGCAGAUAGCGCAUCGCAUACCGGGACCAGUCUGCUUCAUCAGGAGACUCCACCUUUCCCCAAUGUGGAAAAAGAUCCCAAACAAACGGCACUGUACAAACAGAUGGCGGUGAGAAGGAGGUUUUAGACGAACAUGAGAUCCGUCUGAAGAGGAGAUGUAAAUGUGUGACUGAACGAACUGAUAAAACAAGAAGUGAAACCCUCCUCAAAACAAUCUACACUUCGCUCUUCAUCACAGAGGGACAUAGUGACGAGGUUAAUACCCAACGUGCUCUAAUGCCGUUUGAGACAGUAACCAAGAUGAAGACCAACCAAGACAUUCCAUUAAUGUUUCACGACGUAUUUAAUAGUGACGCACCGCCACGCAUCAGAGUCGUCAUGACGAAAGGCAUCUCUGGCGUUGGAAAGUCCUUUGCAGUGCAGAAGUUUACUCUGGAUUGGGCAGAUGGCUUGGAAAACCAAAAUGUUGGUCUGAUGAUUCCUCUUCCAUUCAGGGAGCUGAACUUGAUCAAAGAUGAGCAGUAUAGUCUUGUCACGCUGAUCCAGCUUUUUCAUCCCACGUUAGAAGAGAUUGAACCAGACAAGCUUGACGACUGUCAAGUUAUGUUCAUCUUUGACGGCCUGGACGAAAGCAACAUCUUACUGGAUUUUAAGAACAAUGAGGUAGUUUCAGAUCUUUUACAGACGUCAUCACUUAACGUGCUGUUGACAAACCUAAUCCAGGGGAAUCUGCUUCCCACAGCUCUUGUCUGGAUAACUUCCCGACCAGAAACUGCGGGUCAGAUCCCUCCUGCGUGUAUUGACAGGGUAACAGAAGUACGAGGCUUCAUUGAGAGCAAGAAGGAUGAGUACUUCAGGAGGAAAGUCGACGAUGAAGAGAUGGCCAGUAGAAUUAUCUCACAUGUCGGGGCAUCUAGGAAACUCAGCGUCAUGUGUCUGAUCCCACUCUUCAGCUGGAUCACUGCUACAGUUAUGGAGGACAUGUUCACUAAAGACCAAAAAGAAGAGCCGCCCACGACCAUGACUCACUUGUACUCACAUUUCAUUCUGGUUCAGACAAAGCAGAGAAAACGGAAGAAUGAUGAAGAACAGGAGACAAGCCCACAUAAGCUGACGGAGGCGGACUGGGAAGUUAUUUUGAAGAUGGGGAGGCUGGCAUUUGAAAUGCUGGAGAAAAGAGACACCAUGUUCUACCAAGAAGAACUGGACCGGUGUGGUCUGGAUUUGACAGAAGCCUCUGUGUACUCAAAAGUUUAUACAGCGUUUCUCAACAAAGAGUAUGUGGUGUUCGACAAAAUUGCCUACUACUUCAUUCAUUUGAGCAUUCAGGAGUUUCUGGCAGCAAUCUACGUGUUCCACUGUUAUACCAAUAGGAACAUGGCGGUACUGGAGGACUUCCUGGGAAUAUACUGGGACAAUGACAACAGUGAUGGCAUUCAUCCUGAUUACCCAUCCCUGAAUGACUUCCUUAUAAGAGCAAUGAAGAAAUGCCUUGAACGUGAAAAUGGCCACAUGGACAUGUUUGCCCGCUUUCUGCAUGGCCUCUGUCUGGAGUCCAACCAGAGAUUCUUUGAAGGCCUGCUGGGUCAUACAGAAACCAGUCCAGAAACCGUCCAGAAAGCCAUCAACAACCUAAAGGAGAUGAAAAGUGAUGGAAUGCUUUCUAACAAAAACAUUAACAUCUUCCAAUGUCUGAUGGAGAUAAACGACCCCUCGUUAAAUCAAGAGAUCCUAGAGUUCCUGAAGUCAAAGAGCAGAUCCCAGAAGAAACUCACUGAGAUCCACUGCUCAGCUCUGGGCUACAUGCUGCAGCUGUCGGAUGAGGUUCUGGAUGAGUUGGACCUGCACCAGUACACCACAACACUUUGGGGACGAGAGAGACUGAUUCCAGCUGUGACAAACUGCAGAAAGGCUGUACUUUCUGGCUGUGAAAUCACGGAUACUUCCUGUGAAGUUGUGGCCUCUGCUCUGAAGUCCAACCCCUCCCAUCUGAGGGAGCUGGACCUGACUGACAACAACCUGAAGCAAUCAGGAAUAACUCUUCUGUCUGCUGGACUGGAGAGUCCCAACUGUAAACUCGAGACGCUAAGAAUGAUGGGCUGCGGUUUGUCAGAGGUCAGCUGUGCUUCUCUGGCCUCAGCUCUGAAGGCCAACCCCUCCAGUUUGAGAGAGCUGGAGCUGAGUAACAACAAGCUGCAGGAUUCUGGAUUGAAGCUGCUCUGUGGCUUUCUGGAGAGUAUACACUGUAGACUGGAGACUCUGAGAUUGAGGAGGUGCCAUUUGUCAAACAUCAGCUGUGGUUCUCUGGCCUCGGCUCUGAAGUCCAAUGGCUCCCAUCUGAGAGAGCUGGACCUGGAGAACAACAGGCUGCAGGACUCAGGAGUGAAGCUGCUGUGUGAUUUUCUGAAGAAUCAACAUUGUAGGCUGGACACUCUGAGAUUGUGGCACUGCGGUUUGUCAGAGAUCAGCUGUGCUUCCUUGGCCUCAGCUCUGAGGUCCAACCCCUCCAGUCUGAGAGACCUGGAGCUGAGUCUCAACAAGCUGCAGGAUUCUGGGCUGAAGCUGCUGUCUGCUCUUGUGGAGAGUCCACGCUGCAGACUGGAGGCUCUGAGGAUCAAUGGCAAGAUGAUUAGACAAAUGGCAAGUUCGGAUGAGAAACACAAAAAAAAUGACUCGGGUGUUAAACUGCAUGUGAAAACAAUACUCCCUGAGGAUCACAGAAAGCCUCCAUUAUCCUUCUCACCUGAACACACAACUGAAUGUUCAUACAGGUUUAGGUGUCCUGGUCCAGGUGUGUUCCGGUGUAGUUUGACUGGACUGGUGUUUGUUAUGGCUCAAGAGGCGGAGCUGCUGUACAGUACUGUCCAAUGGGAUCAGGGCCUCCUCAAACCAGCUGGCAAGAAGGCCGCGGGGCCACUGUUCAAGAUCAAGUGUUCUGAGGAUGCUGCUAUCCUUCAUCUCCGCCUGCCACACUGUGAAACAAAGGAUGCGCUGCUCGUUGAUGGCAUGUUGUCGGUCGCCCACGUCACUGAUGACGGAAUGAGCAUCUUGGAGCCGCUGGAGAUUACGGUUACUCAUGCUGUCGUAAAGGUCCCCCACCUCGCUGCCUUUGGCCUGGUUUGGGAUUUCGUUAAAAGAUUUCUGAACAUGACCCAGCCAAUAGAGGGCCAAGUUCUGCUGUUCCUCCGACCCCUGUACGAAGUACAUCAAGUACUCGACGUGUUGCUGCUUCCCGACAACGUCCUUCUAGAUGAGGUUGAAAAGAAACGAGGUGCGGCGCACGUCACAGCCUUUUCCAAAUGUUACCUCGGCUUUGGUCAAAGUUACAGUCUCCACUGUGAACCUGACAGCUUCACAAUACAGCCCGAUUCUGCACCCUUUCACUCGAAGUAUGGACCAAAUUUGCAUCCGACGUUUGAAGUUUUCCUGACUACGAAGACGGAGAAAGUGACUUUGAUGGUUCAGGAUCAGGAGAGGAAAGUAAUCUGGAAACGUCAGGUCUUACUCAAAGGUCCAAGAGGGGUAAUUCCAAAGAGAAAUGUCCCAUCAUUAGACAGCGUCCAAGCAGAGGACGCCAUACCAGCAAAGGACAACAUCUCGGCUGACAAGAAGCUGCACACCAGUCAAAUACAGUUUCUUGACAGUGUGUCCUGUUGACCUGUUCUGAACCACCUUCUGCAUAAACUUCAUGAGCUUCAC